AUGACUGUUAGCAUCCCACAGAACUUUGAACAGGACAAUUCUUCCUCUUUGGGCGGAAGCUUUGAUGAAAAGGAUGAUGAAGAUGCUUCUCAGUACAGUGAUGACUGUACUGACUCGCACGUCUUCCACAACCAGGUAGAUAUGACCGAUUAUUAUCACGGACCAAUGUCGUUGUUUUUCCUCUGCAAGCAAUUUCGAUCUUGUGCCCUCUCUGUAUGUAAUGCCGAACGUGGUGCUUCUCUGCAAGAUAUACUGCAGAAUUUGUGUGAGAAAGCUGGUGUGCUUGAAAUUUUCCCACCCUUUGGUGAUCAGCCUGUUAUCAACCUCCUGCCCAAGCAACUGGCCACCACCGUUAUUGGGCAUUUCUUCCAGCAUGUUGAUUGCGUGACCGACGUUUUCGUAAAGAAUAAUCUCCUUGCCCAUGUUGAACGUAUAUAUUCACAGUCGACGGAGCCUCGGGACGACGUAUGGGUUAUCUGCUUACAGGCCAUUACUGUGCUCGUUUGGGGUAUGGAAAUCUCUGCUCAAACUGGGAACGGUCUAUUUGGCGACUUUGCACGUUCAUUCUUCCCUAGUCGGGCUGCGCUGGUCAGCCAACGUUUACUGUCCACACCCAGACUCAUCAACGUUCAGACUUUGAUAAUCCUUAGUGUCGUAGCAGAACAAUUCGAUCCUCCUGGAUGGGCCGAGUUUAUCUUCACCCAUGCUUGUGGACUUGCAAGAGCCAUGGGACUCCACCAAACACAACUCUUUCCCCACAAAACCAGUGCAUAUGAUACACUCGAGAGGGCAAAAGUCGUACAGUCAUUGUACGUUCGGGACAAGAGCCUAUGCACUACUCGGGGUUCUGUGUCCUGGAUGCCGACUCACGACUGCAAUAUUGCUCCCCAACUAAGCUCCGUCGUAGAGCGCCAGGUGCCUUAUUCAGAGAAACUCCAUCUGGCAAAGAUCCAGGAUGAUAUUUAUCGCUUGACGCAUACUGCAUCGUUUCGGACGAGUGGACGUAAUAAUUCACAAACUGCAAAGGCCUUGCGAUCCAUCGAGCACCAAUUGGAACAGUAUACUCGGAAAUUUGGUAUUUUCGACUGUCGGGCUUCUUCUUAUAAUUAUAGUCGUGCUAUGUUGACGUUGGAGUUCCUGGCAACCCGUAUUCUUGCGCUACAGCACGGAUCCGAGCAAAGACAUGCCGAGCGACUACGCUCCGAUGCAAGGACCAGCUGCCUCCUAUUGCUGAUAGCACAUGGGGUUCAAGACCGUCAAGUCGUCGAUACUUUCAAUGCUCUGACUUGUCAGCGGGCCGCUCAGUCUGAUCCGGGUGAGAAUUUGUCCGCCAUCGAAGCAAGUACAGUCUCUUUCGCCACUGUGCUCGACGCCUUCUCGUUGCCCGCAUUCUUUAUACUCCUCAAAGACUUUCUCCGGUGCUCAGAGAAUGACAGCCGGUCUAGCGCCGAUCUUGACUUGCUGCGGAGAGUGUCUGCUUGCUACAUCAUGAGCACAGAGCGUAUGCAGUCCAACAGCUACCACCGCAAGGUUGCGUGGACCUUCGAGCAGCUGCUUUCAAUAAGUGAUCUGAUCAAACCUCCCGAACAACAUCAGCUGGCAUCUGUUACUACAACAUCAUCCAUAUCUCAGGUGAUGCUGUCCCACGAUACGCAGACAGAGGAUUUCUUCAGCAUCGCCCCCCCACACCCCAUCGGAGACGGUUCAAGUUUCUCUUGGGACAUCAAGUCAUCGGCCCCAUCUUCAUUAGGGCUAUAUACACCGUUUGGCUCAGCGAAUUCGGUGGAUAUCUCUGAGACUGGUAUAUCGGAUAUGCUCAAUCAGUUGAGACGCGGCGAACCCAGCGGCAGCCCGGAGUGGUCUAUGUCAUGGUCUGAUGUCGCCCCGCAGUCUCCUAACACCAGGAAGCGUUUGCGGGCUCAUGAGGAUCCAGACAUCGCCACCGAGAAGGGCGAGAAGGACGGGGGAUUGUCCAUGAAGUUUUAA